CUCACCGUCUGUGCUGGCUCUCUUCACUCACGGCCUUUCAUGCCACGCAUUAAGGCCAGAUCGACGUCGCAGAGCUUCAAUGGAAAGAUAAGAAAGGGAAGAAGAUGUCUCGUCCGUCUUUAACGGCGCUUCCGGGGCCAUCGUCCCUGCUGACCUCGUACGAGGGUCAGACUGUCUCGCCCUCGUCCUCCCACGCGCGCAAGCUGCUCAUGCGUCUCGACAAGCCCGAACUCAUCUCUCUCGCACUCGGGUGGCUCCGUUUCUCGUCCUCCAUCCACCUUCCGCCCCAGUUAUCGCGUCGGCCACCGCGCGAACACACGCAGCGGCGAGGCGACUGGGCCGCACUCGACCUCUCCGAGGAACGCAGAGCGCGGACGCUCGAGGAUUGCAUCACUAUCUGGGACGGGCCGAUGAGGGAUCAGAGAGUGCCCAAGGUCCGAGCAGUGGAUCGGGUGCUGGAAGUGGAUUGGAGCGACGGUCUCAGCUUUGGUAUGCUUGCAGAGAUUGAGCUGGCUUAUCUCAAGGCUAGACGCACUUCGCGGACGUGGGUUGCGGCCAAGCUCGAGUAUGCGCCGGAUAGGGUGCAACACCCGACUGUGUCCAGCGUACUUCUCCGAGACCUCUACACACAAGAACUUCGUCAUUACUUUGCACACUAUCUGCACCUGUCGCAACCGAGGACGGCAGUUCCGUCGACACCUCCGCGUUCCGUUUCUCCGCCGCCGACCCGAGGCGCAGAAAAAUUCAAGACAGCAUCAGGGGACGACUGGACGACUGCAUUCACGUGCCUGAGACUGACAUUAGCGCCCACGUCUGCCGAGCUUUGCGCCAGCGGAUUCUACAUCCUUCACAUCCCUCGAACACCAUGGUUGCUGAUUUCUGGUUCUCCAGGUCGUGGCCUCGAGAACCGAACCAUCGCUCUCGCUGCUUUUGCGCAGGCUGCAGGGGCUCGCAGCGUCAAUGUCUCCAUUCCGCCAAUUCAAUUUCAAGCAGCUAUCACCGCAGGGAAGGCAGCAAUGGCAGCGGCAGAUGACACUGUGACAGGGGGAGAGAGGGAAGUGACGCUUCCAAAAAACGUCGCCGAGCUCAAAGGUCGAGACCCGCUCUCAUUACGUGACAUUCUCGCGCGCGACGCGUUGCCAGGCGGCGGCAAGGGCCUAGACAUGGUCACCGGCUACGUGGAAGAUGGUCCGCUCGUCGAUGCGGUACAUCGACGCCGUGAGACUGAGGCAGUCAUCAUUUAUGGUCGACUUCUGACGCCGCCACCGUCAUUAGAGGAACGCCGCGAGCAGCAAGAUAUCGGUGCCGCCUUGGGCCAACAUGCUCCGGCUUUGCACGCCAGCGUCAAGAGACUCAGCGACAGAGAAGUAGAGCAAAGAAGGUUCAAGAGGCGAAGAGAGGCCAAGGAGAUGUUUGGUGCGCAGGGAGAUGAUUCGCUUCCAAUGGUGCCUCGCAUUGACUUCGAGCUGCGACUGCCAUUCCCCCGCAUCGCGCCGUACAAAGUACCCUCAAUGGCUCUUCUCGACGCCGAGCCGAUCCGUAUUCGGCUGGAGGGUAGUCAUGUGCAAGCUGGCUUGCGCAAGCUCGUGCUUGCCGGCCUUGACGAGCGUGCCGACGCCACAAGCACUUCCUCACCAGCCGCAGCUUCCUCAAAUGUUGUCGCCGCAGAGGCAAGUGAGAGCACAAGAGAUUCUAGUAAGGAAUAUGCUGUCGGCUUGCCUUCCUGGCUCACGCAAGUCAAGGGGACAAACGUCGUGAUUGGCCUGCGCGAGCGUGCUGCGAGCACUGUUGGUGGUGGUAGCAGCAGUCGGGGCAGUCAUGCGCCGCGUGAUGGAGCUGGAGCAGCAGUGGGAGCGGUACGUGCGCAGACAGGGCCGAUGGCAGAUCAGACGGACGAUGCAGACGCCGAUCGAUAAUACAGAGCCGGCGUUUGAUGGUGGUUUGUGUACCUUAACCAUUCAGUGCCACCUAC